AUGGUUCCUACCUGUUCACCUUUCCAUAAAUGGAUACUGGAGGAACAUGUGCCAAUAGUCAAAAUUCCGGCACACAUCACUUACGAUGGUACUUCGGAUCCAAAGGACAACAUAGCCUCAUAUGAGGGGCAUAUGUACCUUAACCCCAUGUCCGAAGCUACCUGGUGCAAAUACUCCCCUACAACCCUUAAAGGUGUUGCCCAAUCAUGGAUCACCAAAGGGCUGAAGGAAGGCUCUAUAACGGGUUGGAGUGAUCUCGCCAACAAGUUCAAGAGCACGUUUUCCACGGCUAAUCGCCGAGAGAAAACCACUGCAGAGCUCAGGGGCCUGCAGCAAGCGGAAGACGAAAGUCUCCGAGAUUACUUGACUCGCUUCAGCAACGAGUUGUCCAGAAUCACAAGUCUGGAUAAGAGCCUAGCCGUAUUCGCACUACGGAAUGACUUGCAAGCUGGAAAAUUUUUGGAUUUCAUGGUCAUGCAUCCCCCGCAGACCUUAGAAGAAGCCCUCGACGCUUCGGAUAAAUUCAUCCGAGCCGAGGAAUGGAACAAGGCCAAGCUGCAAUCUCAUUUAGGACUUGCAAAGCCAAAAAGGCAGCCAGCCAAAAUUCCAGGGUCGAGGAAAGGGAAGGCAAAAGCCUCAGAACCACCCUCGACCACAGAGCCGAAGAAGGACAAGGCUCCCUAUCUGGGAAAGUUUGAAUCUUACACCCCUCUCACCUUACCACGUACUAAGAUAUUUAGUGCAACAAGGGAGGAGGGAAGAUUCCAGAAACCGAAGCCGCCUCCUUCUUGGCAUCAGAAGAAGGGGAAAGAUCAUUGGUGCGAGUUCCAUGAAUCACGUAGACAUCGCACCGAGGAUUACCUCCAGCUGAAGGACCAGAUUGAAGAACUGGUCCAGAAAGGGUACUUAAUGAAAUAUGUCGCGGAAUACCACGAAGAAAAGAAAGUUAAGAGAGACUCUCGGCAGGAUCUGGAUUACCACCGGAAAAGGGACAAACCUCUCGAGGGAGGAAACCAUGACAUCUUAACCAUUUCCGGGGGUAUUUCUCGGAAUGCACUGAAGGGCCAUCUAAGGGGGCUGACCCAUCAGAUUCACCAUGCCGAAUUCCGAAAGCCACAGUCUCCGGUGCCGAACAUGAUGUUCACAUCCGAAGACUGCAGGGGGGUGGUAUACCCCCAUGAUGACCCAUUGGUUAUCAUGACGAGCAUUGCAGACCACAACGUCUAUCAGACACUGGCAGACGCUGGCAGCAGGGCGAAUAUACUUUUCCGAAAGGCAUUCAACCAGCUGAAGUUGGAGAGCAGGCACUUAACUCCAGUUCCCUACCCGAUCACUGGAUUCAACGGCUCUUCUUCAUAUCCAGACGGGAAAAUUCUUCUUCCCGUCAGCCUCGGCCAAGACCGAGCAAGACGAAGCAUCAUGGUCGAAUUCUUGGUCAUCGAUGCCCCGUCAGUAUACAACGUCAUUAUGGGGAGACCCCUCAUCCAUGACGUUCAAAGAGUGUUCUCGACAUAUUAUCAAGCAAUGAUCUACGUUUUAGACGAAGGACGCUCCGAAAAAAUCUUGGGCAGCCAAAGAGAGGCCCGAGAAUGCAAUUUCCUCAAACCAUCCAAGAGUCGUCGCAGUGAUAAGGAUGACGAGGAAGAAACAGAGAAAGAAAAAGAGCGAGUUACCAAAAGGCCGAAGGGCCCGACUCUAACAGUUGUAUGUUCUUCUUCUGCUGGAUUAACAUCCGGGCAUCAGAAUAAGUUUUCUUUGAAUUGA